ACGAUUUGCAGGAUUUUGCGCUAAAUAUUCUCUUAGCUGCUGCAGUAUUGAAAGAACGUGUCAUCAUCGUAAUCACUCGUGAACUCGCGGAAUCGGCGCCAUUCACAUCCUCGCUUUGCCAGAUUGUUUACAUGCGCCGCAAGACGCCGGAAUUCUGCUGGUGCCGCGGCGCAUGCUGGGAAGCGCAGGGGAUUAUGGGAAAUAUUAAAAUACCGAAUAUGAAAUCUAUCUGUAAUAACCCAUCAAAAAUAUAUGUCGGAAUGAAGUCGGAAAUGGACAAUAACGGGACUUUAAACUGUGCAGCUUCCGGCUCGCAUCUGGCCUCCUUCUCCGUGGCGUUAGCUUCUAAAGCUAGCGGGGUUAGCUUAGCCUGCUAACGGGGCCUUUUUUGUGCAGAAACGGUUUGUGUUAUUGUGUGAAAAUGUCUAAAGUCCAAAUUCUGAGAGCGUUACUGAAGGAGCGACUACCUGCAAAUGAUGAAGAGAUAUUUGAGCUGUUUGAAAGAACAGCAGCCGAAUACGAGGAGGAACUUUGUGGUUUAAAAGAGGAGAACGAACGACAAAGAAAACUACUGGCUGCUGCUUUUAACUCAUACGAUAAAACAGAUUUGCCGCAGGAAUUUGUUAAAGACAAAGUGAGUCCCUCUGACCAACAAGCCUGGGCUUACAAUGUGGAACAACAGGAUCCAGAACUCUUUAAAAAUGAAGAGGAGAAACAAGAGCAUCCAGGAGGGCUGGAAGUUUAUUCCACAAAGUGUACAAAUGUUGAUUUGAAUCCUCAGUUCUCUCAGAUUCUUCAGUACCGAGUUAAGGACAACACUAGUGCUGAGGAUCUUGCUAGCAGCUCACUUGAGCAUAUAAAACCAGAAUCUGAUGGAGAGGACUGGAAAGGAUCUCAACCGGCUUGCAUAUCAGAUCAAGGCAGUUCUUUCCACUCAGUUAUGGGUGAUGUGACAUCUCACUCUUCUGAACCUGAUACUGAUAUCAGUGAUAUUGAUUGUAAUGAGACCAGGGAACCUCAAUCAUGUUUCUACUUUUUGAAAAAUAAGAUGAUCCCACUUGGAGAUAGGAAAUGUAAUGCUGAUGUGCAGACACUGAGUCAGGGGUAUGAUCAAACGAAUGAUUAUAAGCACCGUCUGAGGCAUACAAGUAUUAAUGCAAAGCAGGAACGAUUUACCAUUUCUCUGCCUGAUGAAUCAUGUGACCAAGUAAGCCAUGUGGCAUUUCAGAGAAGAAAGAAAGCAUUUAGUUGUUCGGAAUGUGGUAAAACGGUUGGCAAAAGUAGACAUUUGGAGCUCCAUAGAUUAAUUCAUACAGGAGAAAAACCAUUCAGCUGUUCUCAGUGUGGCAAAAAAUUUAACCAUAACAGCAAUCUGAAAACCCAUAUGCUAAUUCAUACAGGAGAGAAACCAUUCAGCUGUUUGGAGUGUGGCAAGUCUUUUAACCAAAAAAGCACACUGAAGAACCAUAUGAGAACUCAUACGGGAGAGAAACCAUUUAUCUGUCCUCAGUGUGGGAAAGCAUGUAGCAUAAAAGGCAAUCUGAAAAUCCAUAUUGCUACUCAUACAGGAGAGAAACGAUUUAGAUGUUGUAAGUGUGGUAAAGCAUUUAGCCAAAGCAGCAGUUUGGAGAUCCAUAUGGCAGGUCAUACAGGAGAAAAACCAUUCUGCUGUUCUGAAUGUGGCAAAACAUUUAAUCAGAAUGCUAAUUUGAAAACCCAUAUGUUAAUUCAUGGAGCAAAGAAACCAUUCAGCUGUUAUGUGUGUGGGAAAUCAUUUCACCAGAACAGCAGUCUGAAAAGCCACAUGAUAAUUCAUACAGGAGAGAAACCGUUCAGUUGUUCUGAAUGUGGCAAAACAUUUAAUCAAAAUGCCAAUCUGAACACUCAUAUGUUAAUUCAUACAGCGGAGAAACAAUUUACCUGUUCUGUUUGUGGGAAAUCAUUCAACCAAAACAGCAGCCUGAAAAACCAUAUAACUCAUACAGGAGAGAAACCAUGUACAUGUUCUCAGUGUGGAAAAGCGUUUGGCUUAAAGGGCAAUCUGAAAUCUCACAUGAGCCGACAUACAAGAGAUAAAUCAUUUACAUUUUGCUAAACAGGAUCUCUGAAUACACAUAAUGUGACUCCAUUGUUCUUGUGUUGAAACAUCAGAAAAUGUCCUGACAAUCGUUACAAUUACAAUCGUUAAUUCAUUCAUUUAUCGUUAAUGAGGUUCUCAAACAAGGUUUUAUCCCAAAUCUCUGGAACUGUCAUCCCAUUCCAUACAAGACAGAAUAAAUAUGGUGACAAUUCUCCUUAUUGCAUGUAGACAAAAUAGAGAAUGCAUUGUGUUGUCAAGAUCCCUUCUUCCCCCAUGGGGGCGCCACAAAUGAGGAAAAAAAACUUUCACUGCUAUUCUUAUACUAAAACCAGUUGAUACUAAAUAUCUUUUAAUAUAAAAUAAAUAUUAGGCCAUAUUGAUUUAACUGCAUAGCUAACCUUAUUAAAUAAUAAUGAUGAUAAUAGCUUCCUCACCAUACCCCCCCAAAAAAGUGUCUGAUGAGCCCUUCCGGGUCAUUACGUCAUUGCAACAUAUCAGUCAAAACGACCCAAAUUAUCUGGUGUUGGGUCAUGAUUUAACAACCAUGUCAAAACGACCCAAACUAUCUGGUGUUGGGUCAUGAUUUAACAACCAUGUCAAAAUGACCCAAACUGGUGCAGAGGGGAGGAAAAGAGAAAAACAAGAAAAAUGGGACCAAGACAAAGGUACAGUCAGUAGCGGUUCUACACUGAAUUACUCCCUGGGCAAGACCCCUUCUGAGUGCCCCCCCCCCCCCCCCCCCAAAAAAAAUGCACGAAGAGCCAUUUUUUAUUAUUUAUUAUAACAAUAGGGGCACAAUCUCCUUAAAAAGCCAAUUUAACAGGUUUUCAGAGGCAAUAAACUCAUACAUACCAACAACACAUUAACACACAUGCACAUUGGGGUUGGUAAGGUUAGCAGUGUUAACAUGUCUCUGUCCAUGGUUUGCUAAUUCCUCAGCUAUUUCAGGGUGAGUUUUGCCUAAACUGACCGACUCAAAAUAAACUGUUUUGUAGGAGUGGGAAUAGUUGGUAGAGGCUUUGAGUGGCAUGCAUUGAUCGUCAAUGUCAGCGACUUUUAACAUUUUUACAUUUCAAAACAACAUUUGUACAUUUCAAAACGACUCUCAUACGAUGUCAUAGAUGAGUUUGCUGCAAGGAAAACGAGAGUCAGGCUGAGUAGGUGAUAUGAGGGUGAGGAGAUUGUUUUUAGGUUGCAUGGUUUCUAAUUUGUUCUACUUGUUCUUAACUAUUUUUAUUGACUUGUUUGAUAUUUUAUUCUAUUAAAAAACUGAUUUCAUUUUUUGUGUGAAUGUAGGCAAAUGUGGAAUUUACUGUUUGUGUAUGUGUA